UUGAUCCCAAAUACAACAGCAACGGACAAGCGACUCCUCUAACACAAGCCAAACGCCUCAAGAUGGCCUACUACCUCAGAGACGUCAUGAGGCCUCCAACAGACGGCGCAAGCUUUGAAAUGACCACCUCCCUGCCAAAUUCCGACAAGCUGGAGAUGCUAUCCACGGCCAUGGCGAUGCUAUCACAGACGGCUCUGCCAGAAUCCAUAGCAACUUCUGCUUCCCGGCUUUGUAAAGAAAACAGCAGUCUCUGCAGGGCCAACGUCUCUGGCCCGUCGUACCCUGACUCCGAGUACGAAGACAUGUACGACUAUCCUGGCAACAGGGCCGUGGAAGAAGUCCUAGCUAUCGUGGUCCCCAUACUGUUCGGGGCCAUCGCCGUGGUCGGGUUCUUCGGCAACGCCCUGGUGGUACUCGUCGUCCUCUGCAACCCCCAGAUGCGCUCAACGACGAACAUCCUCAUUAUUAACCUUGCCAUGGCCGACCUCUUGUUCAUUGUCUUCUGCGUGCCAUUCACCGGAUGGGACUACACCCUUAACUACUGGCCUUUCGGAGAUGUCUGGUGUCGCAUCGUGCAGUACUUGGUCAUCGUGUGCGCGUACGCUAGCAUCUACACCCUAGUCCUGAUGUCCUUCGACCGCUUCCUCGCAGUGGUUCAUCCGAUCACCUCCAUGUCUAUCAGGACGGAACGGAACGCGUACAUCGCCAUCUUCUUGACGUGGGUGGUCAUCCUCUUGGCGUGCGUACCGGCGCUCUUCUCCCACGGUAUGGUAUUCUUGGACGACAACUACUCCUCCUGUACGUUCCUGGCGGAGAUGGGGUACAGCUUAGCAGCCUUCCAGAUCUGCUUCUUUAUGUUCUCCUUCGUUGUUCCUCUCGCACUCAUUUUCAUCUUGUACGUUCUCAUGCUGAAGAGGCUCUGGUUCGGCGUGACUCCUGGAGGGCGUGUCAGUGCCGAGAGUGUUCGCUCCAAGAAGCGCGUCACGCGACUGGUCGUGGUGGUCGUGGUGGUGUUCGCAGUUUGUUGGUGUCCUGUACAAAUAGUCCUGGUGCUGAAGAGCGUCGAACUCUAUGGUCUCCCCAUGAAUCCGCCGAGGAUCGUCAUCCAGAUCGCUUCGCAGAUACUGGCCUACACCAACUCGUGCGUCAAUCCGUUUCUGUACGCUUUUCUGUCGGAGAACUUUCGCAAGAGCUUCCGCAAGAUCAUCUUCUGCUACCAGAGGAACGCGUCCAGUUCCUCUUCCGGCCCUUCCAGGACGAGAAUAGGAGAAGAAGGGGAAAAGACUGAGCGGGAAACAAUGGGUAACUGCACCACUAAAACUUCCAAAAUUUCGAACGAUAUCCUCUAGCGCUCUGCAUCGCAAGAAGAGCUGCUGCAGAAAGACAGCUUGCAAUGGCGUGAUCCACGAGCAGCGCGGGUUCGUUCCUGCAGAUCGACCGAGGAAGUUGCUGUUGUUAACUCGUGGUGUGUCGUUUGUGUCCAUUUUGUGUAUCACUGUGAGUCGCGCACCACGUGACCUGCAUUCCCGAUACUUUUGAGUCGGUUUGCUGUUUUCUGUGUGUGUGUUUCGAGAACUUCGUUUCAGGAAUGCACUUCAGGAAAUCGAGUACCUCUUGUGCUCGAAGUGCAUAAUCGGCUUACCCGAGUAUCGAGUUUGGCGAAGGGUGUAUUUUUCUUUUGUGUUAGGCUAACACCAUCUAGCGAAGAAGACCUUACUGUGCUGGGUUUGUGACGUCACCUAUCAGAUGCCGGAACGAGGCAGAUAUUGGAAAUGAGCGCUGACGCAGCACUCGUGUUCCAUCGGCGCCCAUCACCGGCUUUU